AUGGCUACCAUGCGUGCGAUCGCUAUCCAAGGCAGUAAAGGCCCAGCCACUGCCAUGUAUGUCACCGACAUAGCCAGGCCAGUUCCCAUACCCGGUCAAGUCCUGGUCAAGAUCCGCGCCUUCGGACUUAACCGUAUGGAUAUACUUCAGCGGGAAGGUCUCUAUCCGUUACCAUCCUAUGCACCGGAAACUAUGGGUGUCGAAUUCAGCGGUGUUAUUGAGCAACUGGGGGAUGAAGCCACCGCGAUGGAGAGCGGGUUCAAAUGUGGGGAUGAGGUAUUCGGCUUGGCAUAUGGAGGUGCCUAUGCCGAGUAUAUCGUGGUCUCGACCAAGACCCUAUUCCAUAAGCCAGCGCAGCUUUCGUGGGAGGAAGCUGCAGGUAUACCGGAGACCUGGAUGACAGCGACGCAAGCCCUCCUGUUAAUCGGCGAGUUUCAAUCCGGACAAUCUGUCUUAUGGCAUGCCGGCGCCUCCUCGGUUUCUAUUGCCGGCAUUCAAUUAGCUAAAGCCAGAGGCGCUUCCGCUAUCUAUGCUACUGCUGGCUCACCAGAGAAAAUUCACUUUCUCGAGCAGGAGUUGGGUGUCACGAAAGCCUUCAACUACAAAACGGAUAAAUGGGCGGCGGAGCUUCAAAAGCUCACUACCGGUGUGAACCUGGUCGUCGACUUCAUCGGGGCACCAUACUUCCAGAAUAAUCUAGACAUUGCCGCACGGGAUGGCCGCAUCAUUCUCUUGGGUCUCAUGGGAGGGGCCAAGUUACCGGAGGGCGUGAACAUUGCGCCAUUGCUAUAUAAGAGGCUUCGGCUGGAGGCAAGUGGCUUGCGAAGUCGAGAUCUGGAGUACCAAAAGACGUUGAGAGACAUGCUGGUUGAUUAUGCCCUGCCAAAGUUCUGCGACAGGUCGUUCAAGGUGCAUAUUGAGAAGGUAUUCCAGUUUGAGGAUAUUGUCGAAGCACAUCAGCUGUUGGAAAAGAACCAAACCAAGGGCAAAAUAAUCUGUAUGAUAGGGUCCCAAUGA